AUGGCGAAGAUGUCGGAUCUUCCACGAGAAUUGGUAGAGGCGAUAGUCUCUAGGGUUCCAGUGAAAUCGAUGAGAGAAGUCCGAUUGACUUGCAAAACGUGGAACAGUUUAUCGAAGCACAUUGGUAAAGCAGCAGUUGCAAGGGACGGGGAGUUUAUGGGGAUCAUGUUGCUAAAUUAUAGAGUUUUUCUAAUAAGCCUUAAUCUCCAUGGAAUUCACAACGACACUGAUCAUCCAUUUAUAAAGCUUACAAGUAAACUUAUUAGCCUAAACGAUCAUGAUGAUGUACUUAUAUAUCAAAUAUAUCACUGCGAGGGUUUAUUGUUAUGCACUACGGAAGAAAACACACGGCUCGUGGUAUGGAACCCUUAUACAGGGAAAACUCGGUUUAUUUGCGUCGAACACAGAUCUCUUGAGGGAUACGCCCACGUUAUCGGAUAUGACAAGAGCGAAUCGUGUCGCGCCUAUAAAAUUUUGAGAUUUGGUACUUCUCUCAGGAUGAAUGGAUGUGUGAACGAGAUCUACGAUUUCAAGUCUAAUUCAUGGAGGGUUCUUGAUGUUACUCCUAGCCGGGAUAUAGAGCUUUAUUUAGGUGGCGUGUCUUUGAAGGGAAAUACGUACUGGCGUGCUAUAGCUGACGACGACGUACCUGAUUUCUUACUCUGUUUUGAUUUUACUAAAGAGAGAUUUGGACCUCAUCUGCCUCUACCGUUUGAGUCUUAUUAUGAUACUGUGACUCUAUCUUCAUUUGGAGAUGAGCAGCUUGCUGUGUUAUUCCAGCCUUUGAAUAGUUAUGGGAUGGAGAUUUGGGUGACUACUAAGAUAGAGCCCAGUGCCGUGUCGUGGAGCAAGUUCUUAGCCGUUGAUGAUAUGAGACCACUAGAUGAUGGGAGUUUCCUUAUCGACGAGCACAAGAGCCGCGUCGUGGUUUUUGAUGGAGUUGGAACGAAUCCCACUGGCUACAAAGCUUACAUCAUUGGAGAAAAGGGAUUCUUCAGAAAAGUGGAUCUCAGGAAACAUACCAAACCACAUGGUAAAUUGGCUACGUGCUCUUAUGUUCCAAGUGCAGUGUGUUCUUUUGACUCUUGGAUCUGA